AUGAGCGACGUGACCACCGCCAUCACGUCGGCCUGUGGCUACAAGCCGCGCGAUGAUGGGCAAUUAGGCACAAUCGCCGCCGCAGUCUCUGGAUCCGACUCGCUCAAUACCGAGGGCCCCACGAACCGACGACGACGUCACUCCUUUUUCCUACCCCGGAGAAAGUCAAUAGUGGAAACCAUCAUGGAGGGCGAAGAGGGCCUGCUACUCAAGGUGGACUUGUUUCUUUCAGAGCUGGAGCGCCGCUUGGACUUUAUCGAAAGUUACUAUGGCGACCUCGCCAGAGACUACAGCUUCUCCCGGGCAUUCUCGACUCUGCAAGCCGUCAGGACAAGAUGCUCCCAGGCGUCCGAGGAGGUCAUCGGUGCUGGGAGGCGGCGCUUGCAAGUCAUGGUGGAGACGCUGGAGAUGCGUUACCAGGAGACUUUGACUGCUGCCGAGUCCAUGCACGAAAAGGCUCGUGUCGGCGUCGACCUCCUCGAGGAGAUGCUUUCCGAGUUUGAAGCAUGCGCGUACAAGUUGCGGGAGCAAGGUCUGGCCGGCGCCACGACCGCUGCGGGAGCCUUCAUGGACGAAGGCCGCCGCGUUGCUCACGAAAGCAUCGAAAGAGCAAGGGGAGUCGUGGACGGAGGUCUCGAAAGGGCCAGACGAGCCGCGCUCUCCCUCGAGGAACACAUCCAACAGGCCAUUGCCAAGGCGAGGGAAACCCGCCUACUUCACUACAACGACUUGCCCAUGCCUUGGCGCAACAACCCCCACAUCACCAAGGGCUAUCGCUUCACCGAGUCCAAGAUUGAAUGUGUCCGGUCGGCCUUCAACAUAUCCAACGAAUUCAUCAACAUAUGGUCUCAUGCCAUCGGUCUCGUUCUGGUACUCGCCGUGGCGUUCUACUUUUACCCGGCCAGCGCCAACUUCUCCCUCAGCUCAAAGUGCGACGUCUUUGUCGCUGCCGUCUUCUUCCUCAUGGCCUGCCUCACCUUGGUGUGCUCCACCGUUUGGCACACCAUGAACGCCGUUGCCGACAUCGACGCCAUCUCCAUCUUCGCCUGUGUCGACUACACCGGCAUCUCACUCCUCAUCGCAGCAUCCAUCAUGACCACCGAGUACACGGCGUUUUAUUGCGACCCCUUGAACAGAUGGGUGUACAUGACUCUUACAGCCGUCCUGGGCAUCGGAGGCGUCAUUCUCCCAUGGCACCCAAAAUUCAACGGCCCGGACAUGGCCUGGGCCAGAGUGGCCUUCUUCGUCGGACUUGCCCUGACGGGAUUCAUGCCCAUGCUGCAGCUGUCGCUCACCCACGGGCCCGACUUCGUCAUCACCUUCUACUCUCCAAUCCUGAAGUCCAUAUUGGUCUACUUUGGCGGCGCCAUCGUCUACGCGAGCAAGAUCCCCGAGCGCUGGUGGCCGGGCAUGUUCGACUAUGUUGGCGGGAGCCAUAACUUGUGGCACGCCGCGGUCCUUGGGGGCAUCCUGUUCCACUACACCGCCAUGCAGACCUUUUUCUCGAAUGCUUUCCAUCGCGCACAAGGCGGCUGUCCUGCAUACUAG